AUGACUGUCGGGAAGAAUAUACACUUGUUCCUCGUCAUCCUUUCUUCGACGUCCGUCAUUUCACACUCUCACAUGCCCGAAGCCACAGGUAGAAGACUAUUCGGUGGCUACAGAAUAGUACCAAAGGCAUGUCAGCCGACGCUUCUGUCACGAGCAAACUCGAACGAGCGAACGGUAUGCAUGUUCAACUACGAGUGUUCCCGUCGAAAUGGGAAAGUAGUCGGCGCGUGUAUGGACGGCUUCCUCUUCGGCGCAUGUUGUCAACUGCCAUCGAAAACCAUGAGCAACGGCGAGAAGAUCCCAUCCGAUGAUCUGUUCAGCUUGUACGACAUCGAUCACGUACCGGAAAUACCAAUCCUCUUAAACUCGGAUGGCACGCCGCUCGGAAUGACGAUCUCUCAGGACAGCACCGUCAAAACGGAAACAUCCGGUACAUCUAAUCAGUCGAACAACGAAGGAACCACGUAUACCAAAGUAUCGACGUUUGACGCGCCUUCGAGCACCGUAAAACCGUCAGAACACAUGGAGGACAGCAUCGAGAACGCAGAGAAACCGCAAUUACCGGCUCAGCCAGAUAUAAGCCACCUCGAAGAAGAUUUUCCAGCUUUGUUGGGUCAGCAGAACGUCUUGGAUGACCUGGCUCUUCCUGGGUUGUUGAGUCAUUCCGACUCCAACAAUGAUAUUCAGAAUCAUCAAGAUAGCACUGCCGUUAAUCCGGUCACCACGCUGUUGAGUCCUGAUCAGAUACUGCAGAUAGCUGAUCCGGUCGAUCAGUUGCCAGCCUUGUUCUCGCAAGGCCUGGGUCAAAAUAAUCACAGCUCGGCCGACACGAUUUUACUGAACGAGAAUGGGACCACGCUCAACGAGACGCACAAUCCUGACGAGUUGUUUAAACCUAACGAAUCGAGCACUGAGAGUGAGGUCGCUGAAACUCAGAGCACCACUCAGAAGUCAAAAGUGACUGAAGGUGUAAUGGAGACGAAGAAGCAGGAGACUACGUACCAGGGAGGUUCGACGAAUUCGUGGUUGAAAUUCCCUGAUCAUUCUGCAUCGGACAUGACUUCUAAUACCGAUCAAAAGUUCACUUCUUCGAUGACGAGGCUACCGGUUGUUACGCAGAUGUAUGCCAACACGCAGAGGCUUACCACCAUGGCUCCCAUUUCGGAAACUGCCAUGGACAAUUUUGAGAAAAUAAGCACCAUAGAAGAGAGGAUAUCAACUAAGAAUGUAGAUGCUUUAUUCUCAAACGAUGACAAAACUACCACACCGAUGUCUACUCUGAGUGACAAGAAAGAGGAACUCAUCAGAGUGCCAACUAUCACUUAUGACACGUCUUCAGGAAACAAGAAGGAUGAUGCGACAGAGAAAGAGGAACUAGCGAUUAAUCAUAUUAUAUCAAUUUUGAACGAUACGAAACCAGGAGUGGGUACAACCAUACAAACUCCGAAUUCGUCCAUCAACAAAUGGGUCAGCAUCGACGAGACCUCGAAGCCGUCUCUGGUCAGAAUCUCUACGAGACCUCCGAGUGGACCCUCGUCAACUUUCCCGUACACUUUUUACAAGCCAGGACAGUCGUCGAAUUAUUAUAGUUAUGAAACAAUACCCACAGAAACGACGUUCUCUUCGUAUCCGACGUCCAACGCGUAUUCUGCGAGACCCUCGACGCAAUCUACCUUCGCCAGUUCCAGUUAUUCCACCAAGUCGACCACGACGAAUCCUCCCGCGCCGACCGUGAUAGUUCUGGGUCCGCUGGGUACCGAAUACACCACGGAAAUUUCACAGAAGGUCAUCACGAAGAAGCCAGCGUCAGAAUCCGUUAGACCCAUCACGUCCUCCUCUUUCAAACCCACGAUGUCCAUCAGACCUCUCACCACUAAGAAGCCCAGCGUGUCCACCACCAUAACUCACAACAUCAGCACGGUGAUUUCGAACGUGGCGACGAACAACGUGGUCUCGACGAGCUACUUCAGUGUCAACGUGAAAGAUGGUACCACUUCCAAGCCAACGGUGAGCAACAACCUCAGCACAGAAGCCGCAGUCGCUGAAACUCACUCUGAACAGACCGAGAAGUUGUCCACGAAGAGACCCGCCUGGACCACCUCUCCUUGGUCCAGCAAACCAAGCUUCCAUCUGAGGCCAGCGACGCAAGAAGAUAAUAUGACACCCGUCGACACGAUAGUCUUCAAAGACCCUGUCGUUUCGACCACGAUCAACUUCAAGGCCACUACGUCUGUGCCUCACUGCGAUGAAGAGACUGCAGCACCUGAUGACUUGAUCAACUUCCCACCUGUUAGGAAUCCGAACUUCAACACGUCGUCACCGAUCGCUCAGCACGAGAAACCGACUAUCGUGGAGACCUUCAACAACACGGGGUAUCCUGAUAUCGAGAUCAUCAGCGAGAACGACAUACCGACGCCUACCUUCGUGGAGGAUGAUGUUCUGAACAAUAAAGUUGACACCUUUGUGAACAAGAUCGUUCAGUCCUUGCAAGGAAACUUCCAGGAUCUGAAAGAUAUCGUAUACAACCGUGUCAACACGACCACGGUCGCGCCGUCUACUGUGACAAAGAGACCAGCAACCACCACGAGGAAACCCGUGCGGAAACCAACGUCGACGGCAAAACCUUCGUACACGACGACGAAGAAACCUGCCACCACGAAGAGGCCAGUCAGCCGGCCAACAUCUUCCAGGCCAUCCGUGUCGGAGAAACCAGUUCGCCCGACGAAGCCGACUACUGCGAAACCGAAACCAACCACGCAGUCCAGUGUGACCACGAAGAGACCCCAGGUUACAACGAAACGCACCAAACCGACUAGAAGACCCACUACGACGCCUGCGACAAGCACGGAAGCGGCAGUCGCCGACGAAGAGACCAGUAUUUCGAACAACAUCGAAACUACUACUAGUCCGCAAAUUACGUCUUCGAACGAUUUUCGUUCACAAUGCGGUAUAAGACCUUUGAUUAAGUCAGGUAGAAUCGUUGGUGGUAAAGCAGCAGUUUUUGGCGAAUGGCCAUGGCAAGUUUUAGUUCGUGAAGCCACUUGGCUUGGUCUUUUUACGAAAAAUAAGUGCGGAGGUGUUCUGAUCACCGAUAAGUACGUCAUAACUGCAGCUCACUGUCAGCCAGGAUUCUUAGCAACCCUAGUAGCUGUUUUCGGAGAAUACGACUUGUCCGGUGAAUUGGAAUCCAAACGCAGCGUCUCGAGAAAUGUUCGACGAGUUAUCGUGAACAGAGGAUACAAUCCUACGACUUUCGAGAGUGAUCUGGCUCUUCUGGAGCUGGAGUCGCCGGUACAGUUCGACGUUCACAUCGUGCCCAUUUGUAUGCCCGAGGAUGGUAUAGAUUUUACUGGUAGAAUGGCUACUGUUACUGGCUGGGGACGAUUAAAAUACAACGGCGGUGUACCUUCCAUUCUGCAAGAAGUCCAAGUGCCCAUAAUCAAGAAUUCCGUGUGUCAAGAGAUGUUCCAGACUGGUGGACAUUCCAAAUUGAUUCUCGACAGCUUCUUGUGCGCUGGUUACGCCACUGGCCAGAGAGACUCUUGCGAGGGUGACAGCGGUGGCCCACUGGUGAUGCAACGACCAGACGGAAGAUGGUUUUUGGUGGGCACCGUGUCUCAUGGAAUAACGUGUGCUGCACCCUAUCUCCCAGGUGUCUACAUGAGGACAACCUACUUCAAACCUUGGCUGCACAGUAUCACCGGGGUCUGAGGAUCAGGAAAUCAUGGAUUUUCUGGGCAAACGAUGGGCACUGACGAUUCUGUGCCACCUGUAUAAAUGUACAAAGGAAGACUAAUUUAUUUCCUUCGGACUAGAUUCAAGUAUACCAGUUAAGAGAGAUUAGAACUAAACGAACACGAAUACGUUUCACUGUAUCGGGUCAUCUCAUGUGCAAUAUCAUUUCCUCGAUUCCAUUUUUCUUUUUUUAUUUGGCUGACUUGGUUUAUUAAUAAUUUGAGUAAAUUGUGCUAAAAUUAAUCUAAUACACCUUGUCGAAAUUUGAAGAUCGAGAAUCUAACAUUAAGAUGAGUUAUGAUAUCAUAGGGUGAUCAGAUACAUUUAUAAUUUCUACCUAAUUUGAAGAAUGUUAACCAGUGAAUGAGUCAGCUCGUCCGAAAAGUAUGAUGCGUUCCAGACAUUUUUCUGAAUAUCGAGAAUCUAACGUGUAUCAAAUAUUGAACGUGUUGUGUGUUCUGUGUAUGUACAUAUAUGUGAGUACGUGCUCCACGUACUGUACGUAUAGAACGAGUUGCGAGCCUUAU